AUGUUUUUUUAUUAAAAAAAUAAUUAAAUAAAUUAUGUUUAAUAAUAUUAAAAAAAAAAAUAACAAACAUAAUUUUUGUUUAAAAAAAAAAUUUAAAUUUAUUAAAAUUUAAAUAUAAAAAAUAAAAUGUAAGAUUAACCAUCAGAAAAACAAUCAAUUUAAGUAACAAUAAGAGUUCGCCCUUUAAACAAAAACGAGAAACAAGAAAGUCAAUAAACAUGUAUCAAAUUUAAUCAAUAAUAACCAAAUUCAAUAUAACUUGAAACAUCAUCCUAAUCAAACUUAAAGACAUUUUAAUUUGAUUAUAUAGCUCAUUAAUAUACUACUUAAUAGGAAAUAUUUCAAAAAAUAGCACUUCCAGCAGUUGAUAAUUGUUUUGAAGGUUAUAACGCUUGUAUUUUUGCAUAUGGAUAAACUGGAGCAGGUAAAACAUUCACAAUUACAGGUUCUUCUGAUUUAGAAUAAGUUUUGGAAACAGAAAAUAGAGGGUUACUUCCAAGAGUAUUAGAAAAUAUAUUUGUAAGAAUAAAUAACCAGAAAUCAUAAAAAAACGUUGAAUAUUUAGUGAAAUGUAGUUAUUUAGAAAUCUAUAAUGAACAUAUAAUAGAUUUACUUUCUAAUAAUUAAACAAGUCUUUAAUUAAGGGAAGAUUUAAAAAAAGGUGUUUUUGUAGAAAAUUUAACAGAAUAAAUAACACGAACAUUAUCAAAUGCAAUAGAAGUAUUAAAAAAAGGAGGAAAAAAUCGUCAUAUAGGAUUUACUUCAAUGAAUAGGGAAUCAUCACGUUCCCAUACUGUAUUUUCAAUAAUUUUAGAAUCUAAAAGUGUACAAGAAGGAAUAACAUAAUUAAGAUUUUCCCAUUUUAAUUUAGUAGAUUUGGCAGGAAGUGAAAGAACAAAACAGGGAAAUAUUAAAGGGGAAAGACUUCGUGAAGGAUGUAAUAUUAAUAGGUCUUUGAGUAUUUUGGGAAACGUAAUUAACUCUUUAGUUGAAAUUGAUGGAGGAAAAAGCAGGCAUAUACAUUAUAGAGAUUCUAAACUAACUUUUUUUUUAAAAGAUUGUAUUGGAGGAAAUUCAAAAACUAGAUUUAUUGCUAAUAUAUCGCCUUUUUCAGGGGCUUUUUAAGAAACUGUUUCCACUUUAAAAUUCGCUUAAAGAGUAAAAUUAAUUAAAAAUAAAGUUCAGAUUAAUGAAGACAAUUCCGGUAAUGCGGAAUGUCUAAACAAUUAAAUAAAAAAACUAAAAUUGGAAAAUCUUUAGUUCAAAUAAAUGAUAUUAUAAAAAGAAAUUG